AAACUGCCCCAUAAAAGGCUAACAGACAGAUUGGAAGCCACGUCUUUGACUCCCGUGCCGCCCGCUUCGUGCUCAGACAACCGUCAAAUUCGACCAUGGCUGGGAGACUUUUCCUCAUAUUUGCCGUCUGCACCUUGAUGGCCAUAUCCUACGCUGACGACGCCGACAAAAAGGAAGACGACGUCGAAGGCCGUAUCGGCUUCGGUGGAGGAAGUUCCCACGGAUCUGGCUUCAACCGACAGGGCUACAACACCAACCGCGGCGGAUAUAACCAGGGCAGCGGAGGUUUUCAGACGGGAAAUCGCUACAACAACGCCCAGGGCUUCAGGAACCGGGAAGGCUACAGGACCAACAAGGGGUACGAUGACAGUAGCUUCAACAGAUACGGCUCUGGGAGUGGAGGAUUCAACACGGGAUACAACCAGGGAUCCGCAGGACGUUUCAACCAACACGGACAGCAGAGUGGUGGAUUUCUUGGCUAAGCCCCACCCUUGAAACAGGAAACCACAAAUCGGCGACAUUCCUGUUUCGAGAACAAGACGUCGGGAAGGCGCUACACUGAAAUAAUAUGGCCCACAUUACUGUACAAAAGAUAAUUUUCAGACGAAUAAAUAUUUAUUACACGGGUGAA